CCAUCAUGGCUGAGUUAGUACGCGAUUUCGGCAUCAAAAUCAAAUAUGAUGUCGCGCUGCGUGCAAGAAAUCUCGGGAUGGAUAUGAUAUACGGUCGAGUUGAUGAUUCGUUCCUCCUGCUCCCAAGAUAUCUGUAUGCCCUGAAGGAAGCGAAUCCUGGCACCUUAUAUGAUUUGGAAGCAGAUAUAGACUGCCGGUUCAAACAUUUGUUUGUUGCUCUGGCGGCUUCCAUCUCACCUUUCUACUUUCACCUUCGACCAGUGAUUGUGGUUGACGGCACACACCUGAAGGGCAAAAAUAGUGGCAUUUUGUUUGUCGCCGUGACAAAAGACGGAAACGAGGCAGUUUUUCCCUUGGCGAUCGGUGUCGGUCCGAUCGAGAAUGAUGAGUCGUGGAAGUGGUUUAUGUCACAUCUGAGAGGUGCUUGCGGCGAGCCCGAUAACUUACUUAUUGUAUCUGAUGCGCAUGUCUCCAUCGCUAAUGCUGUGAAGAGCGAGUUUCCAAAUGCUACUCACGGUAUUUGCUACUACCACUUGUUGAACAAGAUGAAGGGUUACGGGCCCGGUGUUGCUGAGCUUUUCCGCCAGGCUGCAUACGCCUACGAGCAAUCAGAUUACACGCGUGCAAUGUCAGCCAUGGCUGCUCUGAAGCCAAAGGCGUACGAGAAGUUGUUGCGCGUAGGCCCGGAGAAGUGGGCACGAUCACAAUGUCCUGUGUCCCGUUACAGUUUCCUUACAUCCAAUGCCGCCGAGAGUUUUAAUGCACGUUUGUUGUGGGCCAGGCGUCUUCCAAUCUGCUCGAUGUUGGAGGCAGUCAGAUUAGUUGUCGAGCAGUGGUUCAACGACAGGCUUGCGGCCGCACAAGAGAGCGAUGAAAAUCUGACUCCGGAGGCAAAACAGAAGCUCAGUGCAGAACUUGUAAAAAGUCGUCGUUACACAGCCAAGAGGACCACCGAGAGAAAAUACAGGGUUCGUGCUAGUGGUCGCCAUUAUAUGGUUGACCUUCAAAAGCAGAGCUGUGAAUGCAACGAAUUCAACGAGGACCAGAUGCCGUGUUCUCAUGCGAUUGCAGCCAUUACUGAGGCGAACGAGUCAGUGGAGGAUUACGUGCACUCUUACUACUGGAACAGUUCACUAGUUGACACAUACUCUGGUGACGUUAACCACUUGCCUCCCAUAGAGAAUUGGAAUAUUCCUUUCCGAAUUGCAUCUCAGCUUGUUUUACCAAAUCUCUCUCGGCGACAAGCUGGUCGUCCAAAGGAAACUCGAGUUCGAUCCGCAGGUGAAAGGCCGACUCAAAACACAUCAACAGCGGAGGCAUCAACUAGUAGCAAGAAACGAGCACCCAAAACGUGUGGUCUCUGUGGCGGGUCUGGUCACACACGUCGAUCGUGCAAGGGUACGGCCACCGAUGCGUAGUCGUAUUUAUGACAUUAAGUUCAUUUAGAGUUCCCUAAUUUAUUUUUCUGUUUUAUUUAAGUUCAUUUAGAGUUCCCUAAUUAUUAUGAUAUGUUGUCCUAUAGUUUAUUAUAUUAUUCUAAUUAUUAUGAUAUUAUUUCAA